AGUCACUCGGGGGUGGGGGCAGUAGCGUUACGUUGCUGGCAAUGGUUGUUGAGGGCGAGGCGACUGAUUGCACUUGCUGUCGCUGUAGUUGAGUGUGUUCUAUUAUGCUUUUCGCAAUUUUUGUACUUCAUUAGCUUUCUGUUGAUAGCGGGAUCGGUUUUUUUGGUGGAGUUUGCGUCCAGGAGGGUGUUGAAGUGGAGUGACGGGGGUGGGAGGAGCUUUCGAAGAUUUUUGUUCAAGUUUAGAGACUAUAAGUGGGAGAGGAAGGAAUGGAGAGGACAAGGUCGAUUGCAGGAGAGAUUUGUGAGAGGCGACUGAGUUUAAGGGGAGAGGAAACAGGUAGCUGUUCACGAAUACAACAGAAUAGGAGUUCCUUACAUGGCUGUAGGUGUUGUGAUUUUCCAAUAUGUGGUUAGGACAGCAGUGAAGCAACGGUAGAGGAGGGAUGAGAGAGAAAUUGGCGAGAGCAGUACUGCGCGAUUUGCGACAGCAGGGCCAUGAGCAUGUGGAGCUUCGGCGGGACGGCGUCACUGCGGUGUUUUACUGUGCUUUAUGUGGCACAAGAUGUUAUAACGAUAGCGCUAUUGCGGAUCACUUGAACGGGAAGGGCCAUGCACGCCAUUACGAGUCCGUGCGCGCCGAGGUUAGAGGCUUGAAGAAUAAUACUUCGAAAAGGAGUCUUAGUUACGAGAGCGAGGAACAGAGCUUUGACUUCCUCUCCAGGUGGGAUGGAGAGAAGAAGUCCUCUCUUGCUUCGUCGGAAGAUGGUGGCGUGAAGCUGGAACCGACAUCUUCGUGGAGUGGAUCAGAGAGUAAGGGUGCAGUUGUAGCUUCCACUACUACUUCAACGACGUCCUUGAAGUGGAUUGGCAGUGGUGAGCUUUUCUUGAGGUCGAAGGCCACAGGUUCACCAUUCGUGGAAGCUUCUUGGUUUUCUUGGCAGGGCAUGUACAAGUCCGUGGAGAGGAGCUGGAAUGGCAAAAUCAAUGCGACUAGAAUGGAGUAUGCUCUAGUUGUGUUCCCUUACAGUAACGGAAUUGGUAGAGGUGGUGACUGGUCGUCGUUAAGCCUUCCAGGAACGAAAGCCAUUCUGACCUCAGAGAAUAAGGGCCUGCGCAAUGGACGCAAACCAGGUGUCAAAGUUCCAGGAGCGACGAUGAGGCUUUCAGCUCAAGUUUCUCGAGAAUUUUUUGUUAGCACAGAGACUUCUCUUACACCUCGUCCCAAAGCACCACUAUCACCAUUGACAUUAACAAUGAGAACUGAGCCCUCAAAAUUGGUGUCCGGCGAAGUGCUUGAAAUUGAUGGUGAACCUGUCGAGAAAGGGUUCGAGAAGGAAGGUCCUGUCACGUUUCAAAAAAUAUGGAAGCGGAAGCAAGCCAAGAACCCAGAUAGAAUUUGUUUUAUUUGUCACCAGAGGUUGCCUCCAAGUCAAGAUGUCGCUGCUCUGGUGAACGUGAAGUCGGGGCAGAUGAUUUGUGGAAGUCGUAACAGGAGAGGGAACUUGCAGGUUUUCCAUGUCUUUCACAGUGCCUGCUUGAUAGAGUGGGUAGCUUUCUGCGAAGCAAAAACUUGGAAUGCGUCUUUGACCAUGAGUCGCAAGCUGAAGCGUCGAAAAACUGUGCAUCUGAAUGUUCAGCGUCCCGCAUAUGGCGUUGAUGGUGGGCAAGAUUGGUGCGGAACCGAGACUGAGUUCACAUCUGAGACAAGCAUCUUUUGUCCUGAAUGUCAAGGUACAGGUAUAAAAUUGGAAGGUUCACACCUUGAACGUCCACGCUUUCGAUUAAAUCAGCUUUACGAAUGGGUUAUGGAGCUCAUAGAGAGUAGAAAAGCUUAUAUGGAUGAGCAAGGGAAUCCGUUGGGACUACUAUUUGUGAAACAAGACAAGUCUAAACCUCAGGUCUUUCAUCUAUGGUGUUGUUCAGUCACAAGGCUUCAUUCAUUGCUAUUCCGCUGGAGGGUCUCGAGACUUUAUGAUGAACUUUAUGAGCAGGGAGGGUGCAUCGUGCAAGUAAAAUCAUCCAUACUUUCGUUUACUCAGUAGCAGCGAAUGAAGGAUUCUGAGAUCUUCUCAUCCACCGCACUGUCUGCAAAGGUUUUACUUCAACGAGUUUCCUCUCCACAGGUAUGGAAUUCACAGUCGCCUGACUUUGGUGCAGGUAUAUUACAAUUUCUGAGAGAUUGUCACUUACUAUAUCCUGCGACCGAAUGAAAGGCCAAACUAUUUCAGCAUGGCUUUUCGGAGUGAUUUCAUCACAUUUUAUACAUGGUUGACACUCUCAAGGAGCGUGAGACUGAGCUUAGUGUUCAAGUGUCUUGAAAGAGCUUCUGUUGUCAGGGUCGAAAAGGUGAAUCAGAUGCUAGCAUGACUCAUCCUGUUCCAUGAAGAUUGCACUAUUAUAGAGUUUCACAUGCAGUUCUUUCUUUAAUGGAAUUGUUCAAAAUGCUUCAACCAAAAAAUCAAUCUAAGUAGUGCGAGAAUUGCCGUUAUCUGUUAACAAGAUCCUUGAAUGUGAAGCUGGAGGAAAAGUGUGACAGAAUACUCACUUUGAUUUAUGAUCACAAUGAUUGUGCAGAUUGAUGAAGCAUAAAUAUUCCCAAUUCACAUCUUUAGUGGUGGAAUUGCAAUUUGUACUCGAAUACUCUGUUCGAUGUUCUACACUCCACAUGUUGGGGUGUGCUUAAUGUCAUACCGACUGUAAACAAAUGCUUCAAACCAUGAGAGAUGAUGGACCUGGGUAUACGCGUUCUUUUUGUUUCUCUUUCAGCACGCUAAAAUGCUAAAUCUUGUGUUGAAUAUGUCAACUGACUGCAAGUAUUACUGUGAUAUUUUUUGGCAACAUUACUGCAUACCAUGCCUCAGCAAUAUCAAAAUCUCUUUAUUAA